AUGGUUAAGCCUUUAAAACCCAAGUUCAAAGUCUCGCGAUACGAUUUGAAUUUGCGAGCUGGAACGAGAGCAGGGAACAACAGAGCGAGCACAGUGGGAGCUGUUGUCGUCCGAAACGGAAAGGAAAGGUGGGACCGAAGACGGGGGGAAAUAAGUGCCAACAGCAGUGGGAAAGUAACUCGAGGCACCCUACCAAAAUCACUUUGGAAAGCAGGACCAGACGUUAAGUGAUUUCUUACUGUCCGCAGAGCAAGUGCCACGGGCAACAGACGGUACGUUCUCAUCGCUCCGAGCUAACCCUGCUAGCCAGCUGCUGACGCUCACUGUGUUUGGCUGUUAGCUAGCUGGCAGUCUGGUUACCCUUAGUAAAGAAAGCUGAAAAUAUGAAACCUAUGAAAAUACUGCAUCAUUUGUUCACUCUUUGUCAGUGUCAUGUGUUUUAAUAUGUGUCAUAACAUUUGAAGGUGACGGUCGGUAUUUGUGGGGUAUCGUUUACGGACACUGAUCCCCGCAGCUCAACAAUCCACCAGGCUGACACUGUUCAGGAGUCUAAAAUGUAGAAAACAUAACACUAACUUUCUGACGUUAUUUUAAAUAUCUUUAAACAUAAUAACUCCAAGCUCUUCGCAGUAUGUAGAUAGCAGUUGUUAGGCCCUGGUUUGUAGUGUUCCUGAGACGUGGAUUUUCCUUUUCCUAUGGUUAAGAAUUACAGCUGUCUCUAGACUCAAGUCUGGGUACUGGUCAGCAUGGCUAACGAAAACCACUAAGACUGGAGCAGAAAGAAUCAUUUCUAAAGGCAGUGUAGUGUUAUAUGUAUCACACAUGUGUCAGGCUGAGAAAUGUCUGACACUUUUGGAGCUAAGAAACAGCUCGAUUCUGCAGCUGUAUUCACUUUCGUUUUGUGAAAAAAUAUAGCUAUUCACUGAGCUUUUCGAUUUCUGUAUCAAGUGGUUUAUAAGUGCUAUCCAGAUGCUUUUGUCACAACCUUUCUUACAACACAGGGACAGAAAACAGAGCCCACCAUCCAGCAUAGUCAGUAAUCAAACAUGGCAUGCAGAUUUGAUUUGCAGCCUUGAGGGCUUGAAAACUAGACAUAUAACUUGUCACAAAGCUAUUGAUCACAUACUGGUAACACUAGGUUUUAGGUGUCAGAGAACUCCUUAUGUUAACCCUGAUUAAUUAAUUAUGCAUCUCAGUGAACAUCAAUUAAAAAUUAACCCACAAAGUCCGUAACAGAUGUUAUACUAACAAAAGUCCUGCGCCCUAACCUGUGGAAACUUAGUGUCUGUGUUUGAGCUGCUGAAGAAGACUAUGUUUUUCUAGUGAAAGUACAGUUUUUACAGUUUGCAAGAAAGUGGAAAUUUGUUCCUCCACCUCCAUUUGAGAGUUUUGUUAAAAUCUUGUCAUGCUUAUCACCUGUACUGUAAGACUGAACACUUAUUGUUUUGGGGUAAGCUGUCAAAACAGUUAUCCCACUAACUGUGCCUGACAUGACAAAGCAGUGUCUGAGAUUUUACAGCCAGCAGUUUGUGGGAAGGGAACCUUUUUCUAGAGUGGGGUUUGUUUACUGUCACGUAACAUCUCCAGGGGUGUAUAAAGUUGCAUUUGAUCUCUACAUUUCUGCAUUUUUUUAUUUUCCACAAAUGUGAGUGGCAAAAUAGGACAAAAAUAGCAGGAAAGUAUACAAAACCUGUGACAAUCCAAAAUGAAAAUCCUAAACUGAAUAUGCUUUAUCAUUUACUGACCAAGUGAAUUAUUUCUGUAUUCAACAGCUACAUCUGGUUGGCAGAAGCCAGAGAAAGGGGCAUGGAAAGAGGAUGGAAAGCACUGGGAACUUUGAAUGGGCUAAUCCAGAGAAGUUUUUAGCAUGAACUGUUUAAUUUCCCACAUUUUUGGGGUAUUUUGUUUAAUUUUGAAAACUUCUCAUGCACCUGUAAUCUAUUACUUAAAGGUGGGGUAGGCAUGAUUUGUGGUGUUGCCAGUUUUGGAGAGAAAUCUUGAUUGUAAGCCAUAGACUGUAUAUACUCUGGACAACUUGGUUCCCGCCUGUAUACAGAUUUGAAGCCAAAAAGCCCUCGGUAUUUCUCAGAUUUUUCUUCAUUUCCUGAAACCAGCGCUGCGCAGUAGCGUUGUGUGCAUUCGACGGGAGAGUCGCUGUGGCUCAAACAGCGUAUCCCCCAGGUGAGCUACGCAAUCCCUGAACGCCAAUAGGCUGUAUCAGGUGUCAAUCAUAGAAAACCUGAACCCCCUAAUAACUUUUAAAAACGGAGCUUCACAGAAAAAAAGAGGACUUGAGCACAAACCAGUCUUACUGUAACUACAUGUCAACAUCGCAAGCAGGGGGGAGAAAAAUUUAUGUUCUUUGUGAUAAAUUUCUAAAGUUUGUCCACAGCUCCAUAAGCUUUACUGGCGGGAUUUAUGACCUAUACUGCAGCGCGUCAACAGAGGGUGCUGUUCUCCGAGUGGCUUCACCCAGCAAAUUCAGAUAUAAUGCAUAUAAAUACUUCAGAUGAUUACAAGUGGAGCCCAGUCAACAUGAAAGUAAAAAGCAUCGGUGCUACUGUAGAUGCCAACAGACUACCAUCAAACACAAUGUUUGCAGGACUUCUACAACUAGGAUUAAGUGAUAUAGUCCAGGACCCGAGGUAAACAGUUUAGCGGCGCUACAACAUGCAGCAGGUCCCAUUUGACAAGAAACACUUCUGUUACAGACACUUGGCUUACUUUGUUAAAGCAGUUUACCUGUCCAACAGAAAGUUUCCAGAGUCUGUAAGAUCCCAAAGCCCCCCCCAUUGUUUAAUCAUUGAUGUUGACCUGGCUUUUCAGCUGUUGUCCAGUCUACCUCCUUUUAAAUCGCCCGCUGUUCCGCCAGAGUCUUGUUUUCUUGCUUGUGUUGGCAGUCGUAGCCAAAGGAGGAUUCAGACAAUUUUCUGUACUUUCUGGUUGGUUUGUACUGUCCAAUAUUGUCACACGCUAACUCUGUUUGGGCUCAUAAACGACACGGGGUAGUAGCGUCCGCCUCACAACAAGUCGGGUUGGGGGAGGCGGAGAACGGCUUUGUGUACAGUCAGAAAGAGCAGGCCGCUCAAAAAUUCAAAAUGUUGACUACACAGACAUGACAAAACAGCCAUAUCGUUAUAUUCCCAAAUGUCAUCAAUAAAUAAUAUUUAUUGACUGAUAUUAAAAUCUUUUUGUUUAUACACCACAAAAAAAGAUGCUUCUUUGACGGAAUCCAGCCUACCCCACCUUUAAGUGAUGAAUAGAUCCAUUUUAACUCAUGACCAGUCAGACUGUUUGACCCAGCACAACACCAUUACAUUACUUUCUUUAUAUUUUACGCAACAGCAAAAAUAACAACGAAGACAAACUUUUAAAAAUUUUACAGUUGGGCCUUUUAGUUCUAUCCCUACAGAUAGUAGACAAGGGAGAGGGCAGGGAAUGACAUUCAGGAAAGAGGGCACAGAGUGAAAUUGAACCUGGGUUGCUGGUUGGGGUGUGCCAAGUACAUUAAGCUAUUGGUGUCCCCAAAAAUACAAAGUUGGAUACAGAGUAAGAUACAUUUUUUUCCUAUACAUUCAGUGAGGGCAGCACAAUGGAGUUUUGACCUCAUUUUACUUGUGGUCCAGUGGCAAUAGAAUAGUCACUAUAGUUACUCUCACUCGCCUGCCUGUGACCACGCAGUGUGAGAAAACAGAGGCUUAAAGGCCAUGCAACCAGCAGUGUUUUUCAUUCCAUCUCCAUUGAGAAUUACAUUGCAAUGUCCUGAUUAACCUGAACUAUCCCUCAAUGGAAAGUAGAAGUAGCUGGGGUUUGACAGUUGUGGAGUCACCAGAAUGUUAACAAGUGGCACUGGAUGACAAUCUGCUGUCACUGGAAUCAAACAACUGGAGGAGAAUGGAUGAACAGUGUUUCAAUAAUUACAAAAGUGCUUUAAAUUUAGUGGAAAAACUCAAAACUAUGACUGAAAUACAUUUAAAUGUAUCUGUUGUUGUCACAACUGUCCAUUGAAUUAUAUCUUCAACUAGUUGUUGGACAAGUUGCAUGAUCAGUGGGAUUUGGAGGUCUCCUAGAAAUUGUUCAGCUACAGAUGCUAUUUUCCAGCAUCUCUUCCUGCCUUUUGUUUUGUUUUAUUUUCUAAACUCUUUGUUUGAAUGGAGAACCUUUUACAUUGUUGGUAAAUGUGUUCAUGUGAAUACUUUGAAAAGCAUGUGUCCUUGCGGAGCUCAGAUAGAGCAGAAGCACAACAGAGUUUCUAAAGCUGUAGCUGUGCACAAGAGCAGUUUGAGUGUAGAGAUUAUUGUAGAGAUUAUUUCACGUGUCGUUCCAAAUGACAUUACUGGAUUUAUAUUGUGUUUUAUGUGCUGUAAAUUUACCUGUCUGGCCUUUUAUGUGGGAAAUACUAAGCAGGGUACAAAUCUGUUCUCAUUUCGCUCUAAAAGUGGGCUGUGUUUAUGUUUAUCAGAUUGACGUUAUGUUACAUAAGUCAUGUGAAAUGGCAGUCUUGCAUCAGACAUCAGUUAUUGAUUGAACUGAUUUGAUACUGGCACUGAUAGGCUAUCUAAUAAGAUAGAAAAGGUGAAGUAAUCUAAAAUUGUUAUUGUUUUUUCAUACUUCGAGCACACUAUUUAGCUUAUUUAACUUCCUUCUAGUAUCCAAAUGUAUUACAGAAAGGAAUUGUUGGUGUCUCUAAAUUACAUAGACAGCUGCUAGCUAUGAUGUCACCCAGGUCUCCUCUAUUGUUAUUUCCUAAUUUAUUCCACAACCGUGUGAUAUUAUUUCCACAUGAUGAUAGGUGGAUACACAGCUGGGAGCAUUCACUCAUUCACACCACGUUUAUACAUAAUGUAAAGCACCUAUCAGUAUUAACUCAUCCCAUUCACACAUGGAGGGCACAAUACCAGGGGCAGUUAUGGUGUUUAGGUGUGCUGAGGCACCACCGGAUCGAACUCUCACUUGCAAAUUGUGCUUUGGAGGAGGCAAAAAACUAGAGCACAGGACCAUGGAAGGCACUGACCUCUGACCUCUGCAAUACUCUCACUUAUAUCUUCCUCCAGCCUCAACAAUCUGACAUAAAAAUACACACAUGCACAUACAGAACUCACUCUCCUAACAGUAAUUCAAACAGAUGUGACAGCUUAUAAGAAUUUUUCAUGACAGUGCUGCUAUUACACAGCAGCUAUUUUACAAAGUGUUUCUCUCUGCGUGCUCACAUACUGUACGUUUAUUUAGACCUGCCUCUUAUAGUGACAGAGUUUAUAACUGAUACUCACGCUGAGUUAUUCUUCUCCAGCCUCAUGCUGUCUGAGCCCUUUGCUCUCAGCUGAGCCAAAAUGCCAGGAUGCUUACCUCAUUUCCUCUCCUCUUGUGUAAAGUGAGGUAAUAAAAAGGGCAAGUCUUCAAGGAGCAGUCAGCUAAAAAACUGUACCCUUGCUCCCUUGGUUGGGAGAAGAGAGUACAGUAUACAGUUAAGUGCAGUAUACGUAUACACAGUCUAUUGUUGGGAGUCUCCUGUUCCUAUCUUUGUUCAUUGAGCACUAUCUUCUCUGUUCACACUGCGGUAAAGGGUUGUUUUGCACCAAAUUAAAGCCUGUGUAUCUCAUAGGAUCAAACCCAGAUACUCCUCCAGUAGUUGAUCAAUCAAACUUUCCAAUGUGUUCACCAAAGGCGUGUUUCAAGGGUCUGUGUCAUUUAACCGCUGCAACCAACCACACCCUCAGUUUCAGCUUGCACCACACUGUGCUGACAAGGGAGGAACAGUGUUUGACUUUGAUCCAACAUCAGUCAAUAGCUGCUAUGCUCUCCUGCCUGGAGGUUGCUCUGUGUUUAUUCAUUAUGUGGUGGAAGCUUUGCUAAUGCAGUCACUGUCCCAUAGCCGCAUAGAAUCCCAGGAAUGUGCAUGGAAGCAGUAUUACACAGGAGUCAGGCAGACCAGGAAUGCAGAAUGAGUGAUACUGACUAGCUAAUGACACUGGGUUAGCUACUUCAUGACUUGUCAUUCACACUUGUCUGUCUGUCUGUCUGACACCCCCCCUCCCAUCUCUGUACAUAUCUGUCUGUUUAAUCCCGUCUUGUCCCUGCUUGUUUAGUACUUUAGCUCUUAUUCUAAAUCUCUGGCUGUUAAGGAUAUCCUGAUCCACUUUUUUGGCUUUUAUUGUUCUUUUUUUAACACAUCAGUUGACAAUAUUAUCCGACCAGGACCACCUUAAACUGUACUGGGGAGGCAUUGAUCCAGUGUGCAUUGAAACAGAUUGAAACAGACAUCAGUGCCCUUAAUACGUAUUGUAAAACUAACAGUAGUCAGUCACAUCAUGUUUUAGAUCUCCCACUCUUCGCUCCAACAAUGUUACAGAAUCACUCAUUUCACUGUUUCACAUUUCUGUAAGACCUCUGUGCCAGGCAGCAUUACUGAUAGUUUCCUUUACCCCAUGGAAGUAUCCCCCCAAACAUUACCAUGCACUGCAUUCCACCAUUAACACAACUUCCUGUUUAGACUGUGGGUUAAAUUUAGAAUUUCAGGUCUAAUUAUUAACUGAGAGGAACAAAGGGCAUUUCUCCGCACUGCUGGGAUCAGGGUGGCGCUCUCACUUCUGUUUGACUGUCAGACUCCAGCAGGCUGCAGGUGUACCUGUCUUACACCAGGGAAAGUGAGUUUUAGGUAUGGAGAGGUUUAGGUAUCCUGGUUAGACCAGCUCUCAUCUUGAGUGCUGCUCUUAUGGGAAUAAUAUUUAACCAUUGUGUCCACAUAUUGGGGAAUGCAAAGUGGCUGCACUGCUGUGGCAAAAUCAGUAGGAUUGAUUGAUUAAUUAGGGCCACAGGGCAAACGCACCAAGGCACUGGCCCCUGUACAAAAAAUAUAGAGGCCAGUGCUAUUCUGUGAAUUUUUUCGUACUCUCCUCUAGAAAUUUCAAUUCCCUACUAAUCCUACAGCUUUUUCUUGACAUUUGACUACCUCAGCUUGUGGCACGUCUAAUGUCAUGGGCAACCAGCUCAAGGCCAGGCCCACAGCUGACACCAAUUCACUAACCGGGGACUGUUCUGAUACCUCUGCAUCUUGAAAUCACUUUUAGAGCGAUUUGAAAAAAGUCACACUCCGAUUUUUCUUUUACUACUUAGAGCGUUCUUAGUGGUCUUUAAAUUGUGAUUAUGAAGUCUUUUGCCAAAAUCACGUCACCACGUUCUCCUGAAUCUCACAGCACUAUACUUGUAAUAUUAACAACCGUCCAUCCGUCACAGAAGCUGAUAUAGUGACAACAGUUUUAGGCCCAUCCCUUCAAGCAAUGCAGUGCUUCAGGUUGUUUGGCCUUUACCCUGGUUUUAUUCCUGUUGCUGUCAUAAACACAGAUAAGAAGCAGUAAAUAGACGAACAUCAGAUGAGGAGUUUUCUGUCAUACUUCCUCAUUUCGAUCCAAAGUCUUACAGUGACAGCUGGCUGGAAUAAGAUUGCUAAGAUGCUGGGAGUGUCCAGUGACAAAAUGUUUAUGGAUUUAUAAAGCUUGUUGUACUUCUUACUGUAAUAAACCACAAUCCCCUGCUACAGGAAAUUUGAGGGAAGUUUAGAACUGAAGUUUGUCAGCUUGUUUAGUGAAAGUUUGGGGCAGAGUCUCCUGAGCAACAACAGGUCAACUGAGGUCAUGAGUGGAUCUGUUCUCCCUCUGGAUUGCUUGAUGAGCUUUAUCCUCAAGGAAACUGUAAUCUGUGGACAACUCCUUAGUUGUUGUUGACAUGCUUACUACUAUUUUUCAUAUAUUUGAGUUGUAAUUUCAUCGAAAGCAUAAAACUGAGUGUUGAUUUUCUGUCCUCUUUCUCCACUCUCUGUCUCUCCACCUUUCCUCCUUUUGACUUUUUUAGGUUCUGUUGCAUCAGUUUUGUGGCAGGUGACCCCACCCCCUCCGCCAAAAUCCGGCUAUUAGAUGUGACCACGAGGUUGAUCAGGAGAAGCCACCAUGUCUUAAACACAGACGGGCCCUCUGGAGCCCUGUCCCCCCACCCUGGACCUCCCUCCCCCUCCCCCAUCCACCACCUUACCCCCUCUCCCAGUCCCAUUCCUCUCCCAGACCUUCCUGCACAUGCCAGGGGCAGGAUACCCAGUGCAGGCUCCCCACUGGGACACCCUUCCCCACCCUCUGGAGAGAUGAGCCUGCAGAAGCACCAGCCUUUCGGCAGUGGUGGUGGGGUCAUGGGCUCUGACAGGGACCUGCAGUCAACUGCUUCCUCCAUCUCUCUACCUUCUGUAAAGAAGGCCCCGAAGAAGAGACGCCUCUCCCUCGCCUCUAUUUUCAGACGGCGAGGGCGGGAGCCCAAAUCAGGAUGCCUGAGGUCUAGAGAACUCCACUAUCCUGGGCCUGGAGGAUUUGGAGGAGUGGAUGGUAUUGCUAGCAUAGAGAGCAUCCACUCAGAAAUGUGUAACGACAAAAACUCUCUGUUCUCCUCUGCUGGGACUGCUGCUGCUUCCACCUCAUCUGCUUCAGGGCCUUCCUCCUCAAUGUCCUCCUCGUCUUCCAAGGUGGGGAGUGGGGUAGGCGCAGAGCUCCUAGAGUGCCCACUGUGCCUUCUGCGCUACUCCAGGGAGCAGUUCCCUGACAUCAUGACCUGUCCACACCGCUCCUGCAUCGAUUGCCUACGCCAGUACCUGCGGAUUGAAAUCUCCGAGUCCCGUGUCAACAUCAGCUGCCCUGAGUGCUCUGAGCGCUUCAACCCUCACGACAUUCGUAUGAUUCUGGGCGACCAGACUCUCAUGGACAAAUAUGAAGAGUUCAUGCUGAGGAGGUGGCUCGUGGCUGACCCUGACUGCCGCUGGUGUCCUGCACCAGACUGUGGGUAAGUGAGCCCAUGUGAGCAUGCCUAUAAACCCUGAAGACAAAAGUUCAGGUCACUUUUUUUUCACUAAAAUGUGUGUUUGAAACAGAGUAGUUGAAUGUGUCAUGUAACAUAAAGGAAUAUGUUUCCCCAGGUAAGAAUCUGCUUAAGCAACAAGAAAACGAGAGAUAGACCAGUUCCUUGGCUAUCCUCCCGAGUCAGAGUCCUGCCGCCCGUCUUUACAUUGUCAGUAAUUUGGCCUCCCAUUAAAACACUUGUGAACCAUGAAGACCUCAAGUACCCUCUCUUGAUAUCAAGCUAAGUCUCUAAAACAAGCUGCUUAUAGUUCUAGGAGCAGUUUGGAGCCUCAGAAGAGAAACUUGUGAGAAGACACCAAGCUAUUUUCUGAGAUAUCAUUAUAUAUAAAUGCUAAAAUACUGCGACCACCUUUUCAUCAAGUCGCUUCGCCCUGUUUCUCCUCACUUGUAGAUUUUUUUGACUGCACUUGCCAGUUGUAGGUUAAAAUCACCCAUGAGGGAAUGUCUUCACUGAAGUGAACUGGUCUGUGGACUCCAGGCUACAUGAUCACCACAUCAUCAUAACCAUAGUCAUUUGUGCUGUAGUGGGGAAUCAAGAAGUUAAGUUAUCAAGAUCCUUUUCCCUGUGGUUAAGAAUGGAGAAACAACUUCACUCACUGUCCCAAGAUCAGGUCACAAGACGGUGGUUGUACCAAGCAGCAGAGGGAAGUUUUCAGCCCACCCCAUCAGGUUUUUUUACAGUAAUAUAAACUGGUCUCUAUUAGAAUGCUGCUUGGGCGUGAGCAUGGCCAUAACAUCCCACAAUGUAUGUAAGGUAUUGUAAUGCAGCUCCACCUUGUAUUGUACCAGAGAGGACCUAAGCUGACCCCUCUGCUGACUCCUCCUGUCUCACCGUCUCCAUGUCUUCUUUGUACCAGCCGUCUGUCACCAUCCCCCCUCUGUCUGAUUUCUGUGUCCAGCAGCUAUUUCCAUGUCUCUCUAGCUGUCACUGUGCUGUCUAAUUUUUGCCGUCUAAUCCCCUUUCAUGAGUGAUGGUUUGCUGGCUCCCCCCUCUGUUUGGGCUCACUGUAAAUGAAGUCAGCACCUCCAUGUAUAAAGAGUCAAACUGACAUCCGUAACAGUUGGCUUGCUGUCUCUGUUAACAAAAAGUAGCAACUCAUGCUUGGAAUCAUUUGAAAUAGUUUGUUCUUGAUAUGAUCAAACUAAUCAUACCCUUAGUUGUUUAUGUUGGCGUUUUAAUUGCUUCUUUUCAUUGGUCAUGGAUAAGAUGAGUCACAGGACUUAAAAACCUAGAGGAAGACUUCAAAAUAAGAUAAACAACACAUGGGGUCCUGUCGACUUGAUAAUUACCAGUCUGACACAAACUUCCUCUUUCAGAUAGGACUGACAUCUCUCUGUGAUAUCUUACUGUUUACAUUCAGUCCCUUAAUCAGCCACUCAAUCGACCGAUCAGCCAGUCAGUCAAUCUUUAUCACUGCAGCACCAAUUUGUGCCAAAUGCUAUCAUUCCAGACUCAGCACUCUGAGGGGUUCACAGAUCCAGCAGUGUCCCAGGCUCUCUGUGGCGAGUCUGUAUUUGAUCAUUCGUCUUAACAAACAGAGGCUUGCCCAUUGAAAGCUUUCCCCUUCUGUAGAAGAUUCCCUUUUCUACAUUUGAAACAUGGUCAGCUUUCACUCCCAUUGUGUUGAGUCUGUCAGCUCAAGGGCUGUUUUUCACAAUCCCACAGUUGUCACUUUGUCAGAGAUGGAUGGUUUGCUGAGCUGUGCUCUGUUAUUCAAAUACACAUGCACAGCUAUUGAGGGAGGAUGGACAUCAUUGCAGUGUGAACACUCCAAUCUGGCCCAAAUCUGAUUUUUUCAAAUCAGAUUCUGCCCACAUCCAUAUGUGGUCCUGAAUCAGAUAUAGAUCAGAUUUUUUUCAAUGCGACCUGAGUGUAAAUGGCCAAGGAGGAUUUGAUGUGCAUUUUAUACAUUCCCCUCACUAUUUAGAGCGACAAUUCUGUGUUGAGGCAACGAUGCAGUAAGCCAGUGGAGGGACAGUGAGGUCUUGGACCUGAUAAGCAUAUGGAGUGACACUUCCAUGCAAGCAAAGCUUGGGGGUUCAUAUCAUAACCGAUCUGUGUCAGAAAGUAUGUUGAAAGAACUUGCCGAAUGGGGACACAGGAGACCGUGGCUACAGUAUCAGCGAAAAAUAACCCCAGUAAAGUUAGUUCUAGGUUGGAUGGAUGGCUCUUCAAUGGUAAGUGCCCAUCAAAUAUCCAACCUAAAACUAACUUCACCUCAGUUGAAAAGUAAAGAGUCUUAAAGCAAAGUUUAAAGAAACUGGAGAUUCAAAACAGCCGUGCUCACAUAACCUGCCUACUUUACAAUGAGCUUGAAUGUGUUUUGGGUGAUAAACCCAGCUGUCAGCCGCUGGAGCUGUUUGACAGCUAUCAGGAAGCAGGCAAAGAGGAUUCUGAAUCUCAGAGGAGCGGAUCAAGUUCAACGGACAACCCAGAUAUAAUACUUCAUCAUUUCUUUAUUGUAUCACAAACACACGGCAUCACAUCCAUUCAUUUAUUCAAUUCAAAGCUUUGCGCACCAAAGCCUCGGGUUGUCUUCGAUAAUCACUCUGCCUGUUUUACAUUUAUUGUCCAUUUGAUGGCACAGUAGAGUAAAUGAAGCACAAUAAUGAAGCUUCGGCCCAGGAGUCGAGCAAUUGGAUGAAAACUUAAAUGCUUCAAGAGGCUUCAUCUCACCAUCACUAGCAACGAACCUCUUCCUCGUGCGCGUGCGUUCCAUCAUUUUGGUUGACCUGAUACAGAAGAAAUACACUGACCUAUAAUCUUUUCACCAAUAACCCUUGGACAACUAUCGCAUGAUCUCGCAAAUGUUUUGCGAGAGCUCACAAUAAUUUUGCGAGAUCACUUAAAAAAUCUCUAGAAAAUUAAAAAAAAAAUGUCCUUCAUGUCCCCUUAGGGGCUUUACGGCUGUAAACCAAAGUGUUUCUUAAGAUAAGAGCAAAGAUAUUCCUUUAUUCGCCCAGAAGGGGAAAUUCCCAAAAGUCUAAUCUUAGUCUAAUCAAUCUUAACUUUUACCCAAUAAAUGUAAUGGUCUUUUCUACCAGAUAUGCAGUGAUUGCCUUUGGAUGUGCAAGCUGUCCGAAGAUCACAUGUGGCAGAGAAGGCUGCGGUACAGAGUUCUGUUACCACUGUAAGCAGCUGUGGCAUCCCAACCAGACCUGUGAUGCUGCCCGUCAGCAGAGGGCCCAGAGCCUUCGUCUGAGGACGGUCCGCUCAUCCUCCCUCAGCUACAGCCAAGACAGCGGAGCAGCAGGUUGGUCGAUUGAACACACAUUACAUAUAAUGAACCAAGAUUUGUGUUGUCUGUUUUCAGCCCCUGGAUUUCUGUUGAAGCCCUCACAUGUUUAAAGUGAUGUUGCCUUGGUAAAUGGAUGAAUGAUGAAGAAAUGAAAAAGAAUUCAAAAAAGAAAAAGGUUUUUUUUGGCCUUAACUGAAUUAAACUUUUCAGCAAGAGCAUCUUAGGGACGAGUAAUUGGGACAAAUUGUAAUAAUAACUUGACGGACAAGGUGGAGUAAAUAACAAUUAUGACGACAGCAGAGGAGAAAAAAUCACAAGUCAGAGAGGGCAGUAAAGAUUCUUAGAAGAGGAAAAAAGUCAAAUACUCAUAUCCUCCCGCUCCUCUCCCACAUUUUUCACACAUGUAUUCCCUUAAGGUGAUGACAUCAAGCCGUGUCCACGCUGUGCCGCCUACAUCAUCAAGAUGAAUGACGGAAGCUGUAACCACAUGACAUGUGCCGUUUGUGGCUGUGAGUUUUGUUGGCUCUGCAUGAAGGAGAUCUCAGACCUGCACUACCUGAGGUUAGUUGAUGAGAAAAGUGAGGACAUGUGACAGUACUGAGUGUAUGAAGGAAGGUUACAACUUUCCAACACCAUCUCUCUCCUAUGCUGCAUUUGUUCAGUCCAUCAGGCUGUACUUUUUGGGGGAAGAAGCCAUGGAGCAGGAAGAAGAAGAUCCUUUGGCAGUUAGGAACCCUCGUGGGUGCCCCUGUUGGGAUUGCACUCAUUGCUGGCAUCGCUAUCCCUGCUAUGAUCAUUGGCAUCCCUGUGUAUGUGGGCAGAAAGGUAAGGCCAUAGAAACAAAUUCAUUUGCAGUCAUUUAGAAAACAUGUAAGUAUUCCUGCAUAUGGUUUUGACUAAUUUGACGUGGCAGUCCAUUGAAAAACCCGUUUAGCUGAAUGGACUAUCAUAAAGAAAGAGACCUCAACUCUGUGUUAUUCUGAAUAGUCUAAAGAGUUUUCCAUAAAGCCUAUCUCUUAUCUGCUCAGUUAUUCACCUUAUCAGUGUUAGGGAGCUUUAAAUGUUAAUGCAGCAGAACAGGCACACAGCUGCAGAAUUUUCCUUAUCCUAGUGUCUUUUAACACACACUUGAGCUAAGUAGCAUCACUCACAUGUCCAGAUGUUUCAACUAAGACUUAAAGUUUGAAUAAAAUAGAAAUGAACAGAAAAGACUCUCCAGAAUUUCCCCUCUGAACUCACAGACCAAAAUCAAAGCCUAACUGUUCUUUGUCAGUGUGACUGGAAAAAGACCCCUGAGCAUGAACCGUCAGUAUUCCAUAAACACAGAGAGAAUGUGUUCAAAGGUACAGUAGAGAAAUGGAAAUAUCUAGUCAUAGCUAGUGGUAAGUAGUAGACUUGGGGAAAAAAAAAAAACACCACCCCCUCCCUGUGGCAUUGGACAAAAAGCUCCUGUGAUGCAUGACAAGUUAGGUCCUCUAUUUGUCAAAUUUUUACCCUCAAAAUAAUCAGCUACCAAUACAAAAGCUACUCUAGGACAGAGGAGAGAGCACGUAACCUGUGGGCUCAUGGGCAGGGCCCACAGUUUGGUAUCAAACCAACCCCUUUCAAGAAAAUUUAAGAACCAAAGACAUACGUGGUAAAAAUAUUACUAACAGCAGCUAAAAAAGCUAUCACAAAGAAAUGGGGAAGGAAAGACGCCCCUACACAGCGCCAAUGAACUCAACUGGUAGAGGAAAUCUACAAAAUAGAACAAUGUUUUUGUGGAUUUACUUGUACCAAUUUAUUUGUUGCACCUUUUGUAAAGGAAAAAUUUCCAAUAAAAAUUAAAGUGGAAAAAAAAAAACAACCCUUUCCAGGACUGUUACCUCUGUAACCACCAGGCCACACCGCCACUCAACACAGACAUACAUGGUUUAUAGUGCACCAUUACUCAUGCUGAACCAGGGUCAGUUAUACAUUUGUUUUGUCACAGCUUCUCUAUGUCUAAAGGAAAAGAGCGCUCUACAACAAUCUUACAUGAAGACUUUGUCAUGAACUUGAAUCUAAAGCUACAUCUCCAAGUUACACUACCAAACAUCAAAGUGAACACAGCUCAUCUUACAGUGAAUUAUUCUCUGUUUUUCCUAGUUAAGGUCUUUGUCUUCAUUGUCUUUCUCUUUUAAUUCAUUGAGUUGGUCUAUUUUUAUAACUUAUUUAAUGAAUAUGAUGGUUAUUAUUAGUCGUUUCCUGUUCCAAAUUGGUUACAAUUGCAUCUGUUUAUCUUUGUGUUUAUAAUGUAUUAAUUGUCCUGUUUAAACAGUUUCAAUAAAAUGUGUAAAAAAGUUCAUUUUAUUCAAAAAGGAAAUACAGGAGUCUUACCCUUAACCCGAGAAGCUAAAAGCCUAGCCAUUGUACUAAUGUCCCUCUGAUAGUGUCAGUGUCAGAGUGUGCUGCACAGCAAAGCUACAUAAUACAUGCCUAGGAAUUUAUGAAUGUCUGUAAAGACCAUAACACAGGAUCACAGCUGCUUUGGUUGUAGCUGUGUGACUAACCCCCUGUCUUCUCUCUGUCAGAUCCAUAACCGCUAUGAAGGCAAAGAUAUUUCCAGCCACAAGAGGAACCUGGUAAUCGCAGGAGGAGUGACUCUCUCUGUCAUUGUGUCUCCAGUAGUGGCUGCAGUCACUGUCGGUCAGUCUGUCCUCCAAACCCUCCUGCCUUCUCUUUCUCUCUCUCUCUGAGCCUCUGCUCAGAUGCUCUCCAUGCCCAGACAUCUGAACUCACCUAUCCAACUUCAUCAUGUAGAGUUUUUAUGGUUUUGUGUUCAAUGUUUUUCAAUUUUCUCAUAAGCUGAUAGAAAAUGUGGAGGUUAGAGAUUUGAACAGUUUUUCCUGAAGUAGCUGAAGUGACCUCUGCUGUUAUUUUUCUUUAUGUCUUAGUCUAACAUAUCCUCACUGUCCAAUCAGGAAUCGGAGUCCCCAUCAUGCUGGCUUAUGUCUACGGUGUUGUGCCCAUCUCACUGUGCCGUAGUGGAGGUUGUGGCGUCUCAGCAGGGAAUGGUAAAGGAGUCCGCAUAGAGUUUGACGAUGAGAACGACAUGAAUGUUGGCAAUGGGGCGGCUGUCACAGGUACGUUUUGUAAUCUUUUGUGUUAUUGGCUCGGUCAAAAAACAACAAAAUGUUCCUUUUAUAGACUGAUUUACUAACAAGUCCCUUUCUUAGUUAAGCCUGAUUCUGGUUUGAACCCAAAAGUGUGUUUAUGUGCGUGGUCCCUGAAAGUGUAGCUUCUUGUGAGGAAUAGUCAUAUUUAAAAUGUGGAAUAUCAAACAUGAAUGAUUCAUUAAAUCACCCUCUAAGCCCACAGUUUAGGAUUCCUCAAGCACAGCACGCCUUUUUCAUAUUUUGAUUUUUUUCUCAUGGUUGUUGUUUCAUUGAAGAUACUACAUCUGUGGCUGACACCAGGAACAACCCCAGUAUAGGUGAAGGUAGUGUUGGGGGACUUACUGGUAGUCUGAGUGCCAGUGGCAGCCACAUAGACCGUCUGGGGGCCAUCAGGGACAACCUGAGUGAGACAGCAUCCACUAUGGCCCUGGCUGGGGCCAGCAUCACAGGCAGCCUCUCCGGCAGUGCCAUGGUCAAUUACUUAAACAGGUACUAAAAGAGCAACACAUACAAGUCUAGGAAUUCAUGAAGAGUUGAGUUUUAGGGCUGACUGGAGCGUCAGUGUGCUUUGCUGCAUUGUCUAAAUAUCUCCUAUCACAUAUUAUCAGGCUGGAGGUGCAGGCUGAUGUGCAGAAGGAGCGCUGCAGUCUUAGCGGAGAGUCUGGCACUGUCAGUCUGGGUACAAUCAGUGACAACGCUAGCACCAAAGCAAUGGCUGGAUCCAUUCUUAAUGCCUAUAUGCCACUGGACAGGUAAGAAGAAUCACCUUUUUAUUUCAAUGCUGAUCUCAGUAGACCUUUUCUUGAUCUUAUGUCUGUCCAAAAAUCUGAAAUAUCGAUCACACUGACCAAAAAGAUCCAGCCAAUGACCUGCUGUUAUCUACAUGUGAGUCUCAGUUCCCAGCAGUGCUGUAAAAAUAGUACUGUGUACUUCUGUUCACCAGUGUUUCAACAGUCUUUAUGACUUCUAUCUUAAGAUUAUGUAAGGGAAAUUACCUGAUGAGGUUUAUUAUCAGGAAUUCGUUGACAACUUAGGGUCAGAAGCUUUUCUGCUGUUGAAGUCGAGACCAUCAAUUCCUUAUCAUGGAAACCACUGGAACAUUAAAACAUGGAGCCAGUGCCCGGCUUUCUUACUGAUCACACUGUGUUAAAUUUAGCUGUUAAAUACUUGACUCUGAUUGGCCAAAAAGCCUUGACAACAGCUAUCAAAUCUGACUUGCUAUCUGAUCAUACUCAUCACACAUACCAAACUAAUCCAGGGGAAGUGAGUUUCAGGGCGUCCUCUGCACUCUUUUUAAAUUUAGCUCUGCUUUCCAAAACCAUCAUGGAGGAAACUUGACAUCACUCAGUGUAUCUGCAGAGCACAAACCUUCAAAUUGGUGGAUAAUGGCUGACUGUUCAACAGCUAAGAAAAGAGAGAAGCUGCAUGAAAGACGGCUGUAUACAGGGGCCGCUGUUAUAUUCUGCACCUGUAAUGAAUGUCAGGGGAAAAACAAUUGUGUUAAGGCUCAACCACAUAUGAAAAUGCCAAGUUCAAUUUUAAUUUAACCUCUAAGUUAGCUGGUAAGAUUUCCAUUACCUGAUUAGCACAAUCCCUCCUCCAGGUUUGGUUCGACUCCUUCACUUUACUUCCUGUCCGGGUCUUAUUUAUCUCACCCUUUCUGUUCAAAGCUGCCAAACCCAGAGAAAAACAUCAGAGUCACUUGCAGGAUUAUUUGAUGUAAAUUCUCCAGACAAUGACCUGCUCUGUUCCCACAUGAGCUUAUUCAGACAAUCCAGGCUUUGUGCUUGUCAGCUGGAGGGGCUGAAUCUGUUUUAUGGUCAAUCUUGAUCUACAGAUCUCGCAUUGAGCUCCUCUAGGUCAUGUCUGCUGAGCUCCAGGUCGGAAUAAGACAUCGACUUCAGAUAUAGCAUUCUCCUUGUAAUAUGAGAUCUAUAUAUCUGUGAUACUUUUCUGAAAGCAUCUCUUUGUGUCUCACAUUUCUAACUGCUUCUCUUCUAUCAGGGAUGGGAACAGUAUGGAGGUCCAGGUUGACAUUGAAUCCAAACCUGAUAAACUCCGGCACCACAGUGGCAGCAGCAGCGUGGACGACAGCAGCCAUGUUGGCCGCUGUGGCUGGACAUACCCCUCCAAUAGUUUAGCCUCCUCAGAAUGCAAAGGAAGUUCAACAAAGUGGGCCAAAGAGGCCUCCUGCUCCUCCUCCUCCAGCUCCGGGGGCAAAAAAAGCAAAGGAAAGCUACGCAAGAAAGGCGGAGGAGGCACAAAGAUAAAUGAAACAAGGGAGGAUAUGGAUGCUCAGCUGCUGGAGCAGCAAAGCACCAACUCCUCCGAGUUCGACUCUCCCUCCCUGAGCGGCAGCCUGCCAUCUGUGGCGGACUCUCACUCCAGUCACUUCUCUGAAUUUAGCUGCUCUGAUCUGGAAAGCAUGAAGACAUCCUGUAGCCAUGGCUCCUGUGGAGGAGACUACCACACACGCUUUGCCAAUGUCAGCCCCUUACCUGAGGUGGAGAAUGAUCGUCUGGAGACCUGCCCGGCUUCUUCAUCUUCCCCCCAGAGCCAAGGAGCUGGGUUUCCACCCCAGUCCCCCACAUCGUCCCUUGGCCAUGGCGCAGAGCUCUCUCCUCUUUGCUUCAUAUUGGAGGAAAAUGUAAACCUGGUGUGCCCAGCUGAGCUGGACUCUCACAGCAACACCAGAGAGCUGCUUAAGGAAACUAAUAACAACCACCAACAACCACAACACCCAGCACAGAGCCAGCAGCCUAAGAACCCCUGCAUACAGACAGAUAUCUAA